UUCGGGGCGUCGAUUCUUGGUGUCGCAGCUCCGGGCCGUCGUCGUAACGGUAACGGUGAGCCCCCACUCCCUCGGAUACCUGACGGCCAUGCAGCCCGCUCCGCGCUGACGAGAUGGCACCGGCGGGCCGAGCAGUUAACCAUGACAGGGAGGAGCCAAGCUCAUUUUCUGCCAGCAACUAUUCAGCAGUCGUUGGGAGGCAAUGUUUAUGUCUUUGCCAACAGCACGGCUUCGGAAAAUGAACUUUCAGAAGAGGACGUAGAAUGCUUUGAGCUUAGGCCAAGAGGGAAGGAGAAAAUUCGAAGAACUGCAUCUAAAGAUCGAUUGGACGAUAUUGUGUACCUGGUUCGAGAAAUACAAGAGGGUGACACCUUGAAUGCACUUGCUUUGCAGUAUUGCUGUACUGUUGCAGAUAUCAAGAGGGUUAAUAACCUCAUCAAUGACCAGGACUUCUUUGCUCUCAGAUCUGUUAAGAUUCCUGUGAAGAAAAUCACUUUACUGGGGGAGAGGCACAAUGCCGCUACCUCAAGACUGGUUCCACGUGUAGCCUUGGAAUCUAAUGCACAGUGUCAGGAAUUUAAAACUGUAGACGCUUCUUCCAAUGAAAAUGCCGACAACUUUCUCAGAGAAGUUGAUAAAGACUUAGAAAGGAUAGUAAAAUCUAAUGACACCACUCGGGAGCAUUUAAAUGAGGUGGUUUCAGCAUUAUCUACCCAGCCAUUUUAUCAAGCAGCAGAUCGCAAAAUCGCGCGAAGAAAAGACCCCCAUUAUGGAGCAGACUGGGGCAUGCGCUGGUGGAACGCUGUCAUGAUAAUGUUGAUUGUUGGAAUUGUUACACCUCUGUUUUAUUUACUGUACUAUGAAGUUCUGGUAAAGGUUGAGACAAGCCAUCAUUCAACAAUGGAAUCAACGCAUCUACCUGUUACUAACAUUGUACAGCAAGACCCAAAGCAUAACAGUGAAAUUGAUCCUUUGCAAAGGACUAAAAUCCACUCACAGGAAGCUCUGCAUCACGUGAAUUCAAAACUUCAGCCAUCUGACACCUGACAUCAAUCGUCUAUCACAUUUUUCAGUCCUGUGCAAAGCCUUACCAGCUGUUACCUAAUGGGGAAAAUUGCAUCAUGUUAUCAGUUUGAAUUGUAAUGUGGAGGAGCUGCAAAAAUUACAUCAUGUCAUGAAUUUUCUAUUGAAAUAAAGUGAGUCAGUGUUUGUAGAAUAGUUGAUAGGUCAUCAAAACUUGCCUUCCAAUGUUAUAGGACAACAUAACAUAAAAACUGAUACUGAUAUAUGAUUGGCUAAAUUUAAAGGGUGAGAUAGUUUAGGCUGGAGUCAGGUGACUAUAAGACAUAGGAGUGGAAUUAGGCCAUUCAGCCCAUCAAGUCUGUUCUGUCAUUCUAUCAUGGUUGAUUUAUGAUCCCUCUCAACCUCAUUCUCCUGCCUUCUGUCUGUAACCUUUGACACCCUAUUAACCUAUCAACCUCUGCUUUAAAUAUCCCCAAUGUCCUGGCCUCCACAGCCAUCUGUGGCAAAGAAAUCCACAGGUUCACUGCCCUCCAGCUAAAGAAAUUACUCUUCAAAUUAGAUUGAAAUAUACAUUCCUCUAUCCUGAGGCUGUGCCCUCUGGCCCUUAACUCAGCCACCAUAGGAAAAAUUCUCCACAUCCACUCUUUAGAGCAGGGGUUCCCACCCUCAGGUCCACAGACCCCUCGGUCCAUGGCAUAAAAAAGGUUGGGGACCCCUGAUCUAGGCCUUUCAGUUUUCAAUAUGCAGCAAUAUAAUUUUGUAAACAAUGAUGUUAACCAAAAGCUUAAUUUAAAUAAUGUCAUGUGAUCUUGAUUAGUAUGAUGUUCUUAGCCAGGCUUUCUUUUGGGGUUCAAUUGUAUUCGAUAACUAGUGAAAAUACCCUAGUUAUUAAAUACACUAUUAUUCUUUUUGAGCAAAUGGUAAAGCAUAAAUAUGAUUUAAAUGCAAAACCUGACAUCUACUGACAAAUUAAGCAUUUAAUUUUAUUCCCACCUUCAUGUUCUUUAAACUUUGGAGUGAUACCUUGUAGACUUUCAGUAGUCAGAAUGGUUAUACCACUUUAUUACAGCUGCAAGCAAAAACAUUCUAAAUGUCAGAGGACCACAUAUUCAGCUGUUUAUAUAAAAAGUGAUUCUGCUGCCUGAAAAUAAGUUUUAAUAUAAAAUAUAUUUAUUGACUGUUAAAUACAAUAAUUGAAGACAUGCGUAUAUACUAUCGGUGGCCAUCUUAUUAGGUACAGGUGGAGUGGAACCCAUUUUGGUUUUCUGCUGUAGAUCAUCCACUUGAAGGUUCAAUAUGUGCAUUCAGAGGUGACCUUCUGCACACCACUGUUGUAAUAUGUGGUUAUUUGAUUUACUGUCUCCUUCCUGUCAGUUUGAACCAGUUUGGUCAUUCUCUGACCUGUCUCAUUAACAAGGUGUAUUCUUCCACAGAACUGCCACUCACUGAAUGAUUUUCAGUUUUUUGCACCAUUCUCUGUAAACUCCAGAGACUUGUGCAUGAAAGUCCCUGGAGGUCAGCAGUUUCUGGCAUACUCAUAACACUCUGUCUGGCACCAACCAUCAUUCCACAGAGAAAAUCACUUUGAUUGCAUUUCACCCCAUUCUGUUGUUUGGUCUGAACAACAAUUGAAUCUCUUGGCCAUGUCUGCAUGCUUUUAUGCAUUGAGUUGCUGCCACAUAAUAGGCUAAUUAUAUAUUUGCAAUAAGAGUAGGUAUACCUAAUAAAAUGGCCACUGAGUGUAUUCUGUUAAUAAUGAGGCUUUUGAAAAUUAUCAUAUUAUGUAAUAGUUAUUGAUUCUUAAAGCUUUAAAUUAUACAGUAUUCUUUAUAUUCUUUUCAAAUAAAAAUUGAAGCCUCGA